AUGGCGAUCCCAGAAGUAGCUGUUGGCGGCGUUGUCGCAAAUGUGAUUCUCGCUAUCUUUACAAUCAUCAUUGUUUCCUUAAGAUUCUACGCCAGAAAGAGGAGUAAGCUAGCCUUAAAAGCUGAUGACUGGUUGAUUCUCUUUUGCUUGGUAUGCUCACUCGGAUUGUGCGUUGAGUGUAUCUAUGCAGCAACGACUGGACUUCGAGGUGUUCACUUGUCGACACUGAGUUUUCCGAACAUCGAGAGAUUCUUCGAAAUCCAAUUUGCGGAUGCUUUGAUUUGUCAUUUCGUAUAUGGACUCAUCAAAUUAUCGGUGGUGAUUUUCUAUAAACGUAUCUUCACUAGUCGAACUUUCAACAUCUGUGCGAAUACCGUGCUAGGCAUGAUUUCGCUGUACAUGGUCUUGUCCUUUUUCCUUUUCCUCUUUUCCGCCCACCCCGUCGCCGCCUAUUGGAACACAUCACCAGAGUUAAUUGGUACCCAAUACAAUCUUGAUGUGCCAAAUCUCGUUAUCGUCUGUGCUGCCGUUGAUAUCUUCCUCGAUCUAGCAGUUUUAAGUCUUCCUUUCCCCGUCAUUAAGGGACUACACAUGCCAACGGAAAAGAAACUUUAUGUUUCUGGCGUCUUCCUUCUUGGUGCUUUCUGCCUCAUCUCAUCUUGCAUCAGACUCUUCUAUUCCCAGAAACUAUUCGGAACAAGCACACCUGAUCUCAAUCUCGACGACAAAGUCUACCUCUGGGCACACAUCGAAGCCUACGCCAGCACCAUAACGGCCUGUCUCCCCACUCUCGCGCCUCUUCUUCGCGGGGGCCGCAAUCUCGGCAGCAUGAUCGGCAGCGUGCGAUCCAUAUUCUCCAUCCGCAGCAAAAGCAGUUCAUUAUUUCGCAGACACUCUUCCUCUUCCCAAUCCAACGGUUUACCCAGUCCAAACUCCGAGAAGCCGCCUUGGAAUGAGGAUGGUCCGAUUUCGGUCGUGACGGGAGGGGCGUGUGAUUUGGAAUCUCAGAAGUUUCCCAAGUAUCCCGAGGAGAGGAUACUGGUUCAGAAGAGUUUUGUUUCGGCUGCUGGAUCGGCGGUAAAUUGA